AUGGUGAGAAUAACUGUGGAUCUAAUUCGAAAACGUUCUGAGCACAACGAAGGUGAGAUUUCAACCCUAGAAGAAAUAGCCCUUCACCAAGAAAACAUUGAAAAAAUUGAACUUAUUGACAAACUUUCGCGCAACCUCAAAAUUCUUUUGAUGCAAAACAACAUAAUAAGCAAAAUUGAAAAUCUAAAUAUGUUAAAAAAACUCGAGUAUUUAAAUCUGGCUAUCAACAACAUCGAAGUUAUUGAAAAUCUCGAAGGACUUGAAAGUUUGAUUAAACUAGACCUCACUGUUAAUUUUAUUGGAGACUUAAGGGGUGUCAAAAAAUUACGGUGUAAUGAACAUUUGAAAGAACUAUUUCUAACCGGAAAUCCUUGUACAGAAUACUUGGGUUACCGUGAUUACGUAAUAGCAACACUGCCGCAAUUAAAAGAACUCGACAUGACAGAAAUAACUCGAUCUGAUCGGAUUAAAGCGCUUCAAAGGUACGCGGAAAUUGAAGGAGAUGUCAUUAGAGGCUACUGGGAUUAUUGCAAAAUUAGAAAAAAGCAAAUUGACUCUUUUAAUCAGCGAGAAAAAUUGAUGAUUACUGAAGUUCCGAGCGGUCUUCAAGGUGCUAAUGAAGAAUAUCAAGAUCAAGACCAAGACCAAGAUGACAAUUCGAAAUUCUGGAACAGUAAAAGUUAUCACACACCAGAAGAUCGGGUUGCUAUUGCGAACAAAACACUCGAAAUAGCCGAGAAGAAAAACAAGAAAAAAGAUAACAAAUUGGAGAAAAAAAAAUACAUUCCGAAGUUAUUCAAUUCUGAAGGACGCGCUUACAAUAUUAAUCAAGCCAAGGUUAGUUUCACGCUCAAUGAUGAUGAUCGGGAUAAUAUUGUCCUUGAAAUUUCUCUUUACAGACACUUGGAUACGUCGUAUGUAGAUAUAGACGUCCAACCAAACUACGUGCGAGCGACAAUAAAAGGAAAAAUCCUCCAACUAUCACUUCCGUGUGAAGUAUCCACAGACUCAAGUGUCGCAAAAAGAAAUGUCGCAACAGGGAAUUUAGUGGUAACCAUGCCGCGGUUAGCCCCCUUGCCAUCUCUCGUUAAGCCUCUGAGUUACGCAACUGAAUCUUGCAACAACCAAAGAUCGAGCAAGAUUGUCCGAUCUGCACCUGUCGUUUCUAGGCGAGAAUUUUUAGAAAUCGGCCCGAGAAAUGAAGAAAUGGAUUUUUCUAAAAUUUACAAGGAAAAUAUUUCUAAUGAUAAACAUCGGACGGAUUUUAUUGACGAUCCAGAUGUACCUCCGCUAGAAUAA